CGCGCGCUGCCGCUGGCGUCGCUGACCGCCCGGAGUCCGUGCGGUUGCUCCACGCGUGUCCUCGCGCUGCGCCCUCGGCCGAGUCCGCCCGCAGCCCCGCCAUGCCUGCCGACCUCAGCAAGUGGUCCGGGCCUUUGAGCCUGCAGGAAGUGGACGAGCGGCCCCAGCACCCGCUGCGGGUGUCCUACACGGGGGUGGAGGUGGACGAGCUGGGCAAAGUGCUGACGCCCACCCAGGUUAAGAACAGACCCAGCAGCAUUGAGUGGGAAGGUUGUGAUUCUGGGAAACUGUACACCUUGGUCCUGACCGACCCCGAUGCUCCUAGCAGGAAGGACCCCAAAUACAGGGAGUGGCACCACUUCCUGGUGGUCAACAUGAAGGGCAACGAUGUGAGCAGUGGGACUGUCCUCUCUGAUUAUGUGGGCUCCGGGCCUCCCAGUGGCACAGGCCUGCAUCGCUACGUGUGGCUGGUAUACCAGCAGGACAAGCCUCUGAAGUGUGACGAGCCCAUUCUCAGCAACCGCUCCGGGGACCACCGUGGCAAGUUCAAGGUGGCGGCCUUCCGCAAGAAGUACCACCUGGGCGCCCCAGUGGCUGGCACGUGCUACCAGGCCGAGUGGGAUGACUAUGUCCCCAAGCUGUAUGAGCAGCUCUCUGGGAAGUAGGGCGGCUCAGCUCAAGAGCCCCUCCCCCCAGCCCUGGGGCCUGCAAGUGGGGUCCUUGGGCACCGAUGCCAGUAGAUGUCCCUCUCCCUUGCUCGGGCCACGCCUGGGCCGUCCACAGUGUCACAGGGUGGUUCGUCCUGCUGCCUGUCCUUUAUGCUCCUAUUGAUGUGUUGAUCACGUUUGAAUUCCGUUUUGGGGGUUGGCAUUUGGAAUUGUAAUGGGGGUACCUUGUUUAACAACUAGCAAUCCAGAAUCUAAAGAAAACUCCAGUUAAGAAAUAGACGGGGGUAGGGGAGUGAAAGAAAAAGGAGGGGAAUAGUCACUGUCUUUGAGAUCCUGCCUGCAUCUUCUCCCCACAACCUCUCCACCAGGGACCUGGCUCUCAUGGCAGGCUCCUGGCUGGCCCCUACAGUGUCUCCAUAGCUGACUAGGUGUCUACCCUUAAACCCUGCUGGGGCUGGAGGACAGACGGGUUGGAGUCCUUACAUCCUUGAGGGUUAAAUUGUUCACUGGUUGUUCUGGAGUUGCUUAGUCUUACUUCUGCUGUUUGCUUAUCGUUGAAUAAAGUAGAAAUGUUGGAUAAUGCA